AUGGCUGAUAAUUCUGAACACACAAAUGGCAGCAGAAAUGAAGAAGAAGUUGGUGGAGAAUGCUUGGCAGAUUCAGGAACUGCUUCCGAAGCGCGGGGUUUACCGUCGACGAAGAAGCUAAACCGAAUCGAUUCGCUGCAUUUAGAAGCUGGGAGAGUUCAACAUGCCCAAAACCAUGGUGCAAAGGUUGGUUGGGGAACAACACUACACUUAGCAUUUCAGAGCAUAGGAGUAGUUUAUGGGGACAUAGGGACCUCUCCCCUCUAUGUGUACUCAAGCACAUUCACAGAGGGAAUCAAGGAUAAAAAUGACCUCUUGGGUGUUCUCUCUCUCAUUAUCUACACCCUAAUUCUCCUUCCACUUACCAAGUAUGUGUUCAUUGUCCUAAGGGCUAAUGAUAAUGGCAAUGGAGGGACAUUUGCACUCUACUCCUUGAUAUCUCGACACGCCAAAGUGAGCUUCAUUCCGAAUCAACAAGCUGAGGAUGCAAUGGUAUCAAAUUACAAGCUUGAAACCACAUCAAGUAGAGUAAAGAGGGCUCAGUGGAUUAAGGAGAAGCUCGAAAAUAGCCGAGAAGCUAAACUCGCGCUUUUCCUCAUCACCAUUCUUGGCACUUCCAUGGUGAUUGGUGAUGGUAUUUUAACUCCAUGCAUUUCAGUGCUUAGUGCAGUUAGUGGGAUCAAAGAGUCAGCGAGUUCACUAACCGAAGGAAAGAUUGCUGGAAUUUCUAUAGUCAUCCUGAUCUUCCUCUUUGCUGUUCAGCGGUUCGGCACAGAUAGAGUUGGUUACUCAUUUGCUCCUAUUAUCCUGGUAUGGUUCCUCUUAAUCGGCGGUAUCGGAACCUACAACAUAUUCAAGCAUGAUAUUGGCAUUCUGCGAGCAUUCAAUCCCAAAUAUAUCGUCGAUUACUUCAAAAGAAACGGAAAACAAGCAUGGAUCUCUCUCGGAGGCGUCGUCUUGUGCAUCACAGGAACUGAAGCCAUGUUUGCUGAUCUAGGCCACUUCAAUCUCAGAGCCAUACAGAUCGGCUUCUCAGCUGUUUUGCUCCCUUCGGUAUUACUAGCAUAUAUAGGACAGGCUGCAUAUCUUACCAAUUUCCCAGAUAAUGUCGGCGAUACAUUCUACAAAUCGAUUCCAGGUCCAUUAUACUGGCCAACCUUUGUAGUGGCUGUUGCAGCAGCUAUCAUCGCAAGCCAAGCGAUGAUAUCAGGCGCUUUUGCAAUCAUAUCUCAGUCCCAACUGCUAGGCUGCUUCCCGCGAAUUCGCAUAAUGCACACUUCCGCCGAGUACGAAGGGCAAGUGUACAUUCCGGAGCUGAACUACGCGUUGAUGAUCGUGUGCGUCGCGGUUACAGCCAUUUUCAAAACGACAGAUAAAAUCGGCAAUGCGUACGGAAUCGCUGUCGUGUCUGUUAUGCAUAUUUCGACGCUGUUGGUGACUCUGGUGAUGCUGAUGAUUUGGAAGUUAAGCAUGUGGCGCGCCGCGCUUUUCUACGUAACUUUCGGCGGAACAGAACUCCUCUACAUUUCUUCGGUGUUCUACAAAUUUACGCAAGGUGGCUACCUACCGCUGAGCUUCUCCGCCGUUCUGAUGUUCAUCAUGGGCACAUGGCAUUACGUUCACGUCCAGCGGUACAAAUUCGAGCUCAAGAACAAAGUCUCGAGCGAUUACGUCAGAGAAUUGGCGCUCAGACGCGACUUAAUAAGGCUACCGGGCAUAGGAUUCCUGUAUUCAGAGCUGGUGCAAGGCAUUCCGCCGAUACUUCCUCACUUCAUUGAGAAGAUACCGUCGAUACACUCGGUUUUAGUCCUCGUUUCGAUCAAGUACUUGCCGAUAAGCAGGGUGGAAAUGAAAGAAAGGUUUCUGUUCAGACACGUCGAGCCGCGAGAGCACCGAAUGUUCCAAUGCGUGGUGCGGUACGGAUACAACGAUGCCGUCGAAGAUACUCAAGAAUUCGAGAAGUUACUGAUUGAACACCUGAAGGUCUUCGUCUACGAAGAGUCCUUCUUUUCGCCAAAUGGUCACGCAAAUAACACGUAUCGUGUCGACGAAGAGAUAGAGUUCAUUCGCAACGAGAUGGCGAAGGGCGUCGUGUAUCUGUUGGGGGAGACCGAGGUGGUGGCGGAAAACGAUUCGAAUUUCGUCAGGAAAGUUGUUAUUGACUACAUAUACAACUUUUUGAGGAAAAACUUCAGGCAAGGAGGAAAGGUUAUGUGCAUCCCUCAUAAUAGCCUGCUAAGGGUUGGCAUGACAUAUGAGAUCUGA